GGCCGAUGACGGAAACCCUCAGGGAGGGGAGAGAAAGGGCGAGAGAGAGAGAGAGAGGAGAGAGAGUGAGAGUGAGAGAGAGAGAGAGAGAAGGUUCGGCGGAACCGGGAAAGCGAGGCAGCGAACAGCCACCGGCCGGCGGAGCUGCGCCCUUGAGGGCCCGCGUCACGCCACCCGCUUCCCUCGCAGGCUGCCCCGGCGGGCGGAGGGCUGCCCGUCGUCGAGGCCGCGCGCCCGGAGCCGGCCGCUGGCCUUGGGCGGGGUGCGGGGCCUCGGCGACUCGUUGCCGUCCCGCCGGGGGCUGCGGCGGCUGAGGGCGGCGGCUCCCGGGGCGGGGCCGGGGGCGGGCGGGGCGGGGGAAGGGGGCGCGGGCCGCCAUGGACGACAAGACGUUCACCAAGGAGCUGGACCAGUGGGUGGAGCAGCUGAACGAGUGUAAACAGCUCAACGAGAACCAAGUGCGGACGCUGUGUGAAAAGGCUAAGGAAAUUUUAACAAAAGAAUCAAAUGUGCAAGAGGUUCGUUGUCCUGUUACUGUCUGUGGAGAUGUGCACGGUCAGUUCCAUGACCUUAUGGAACUCUUUAGGAUUGGUGGGAAGUCACCAGAUACAAACUACCUGUUCAUGGGAGACUACGUUGACAGAGGUUAUUACUCCGUGGAGACUGUGACCCUUCUUGUAGCAUUAAAGGUGCGUUACCCAGAACGCAUUACAAUAUUGAGAGGAAAUCAUGAAAGUCGGCAGAUUACCCAGGUGUAUGGCUUUUAUGAUGAAUGUCUACGGAAGUAUGGAAAUGCCAAUGUGUGGAAAUAUUUCACAGAUCUAUUUGAUUAUCUUCCUCUUACAGCUUUAGUAGAUGGACAGAUAUUCUGCCUGCAUGGUGGCCUUUCUCCGUCCAUAGAUACACUGGAUCAUAUAAGAGCUCUGGAUCGUUUACAAGAAGUUCCACACGAGGGCCCCAUGUGUGAUCUGUUGUGGUCUGAUCCAGAUGAUCGUGGUGGCUGGGGUAUUUCACCACGUGGUGCUGGCUACACUUUUGGACAAGACAUUUCUGAAACAUUUAACCAUGCCAAUGGUCUCACACUGGUCUCACGUGCUCACCAGCUUGUGAUGGAGGGAUACAAUUGGUGUCAUGAUCGGAAUGUGGUUACCAUUUUCAGCGCACCUAAUUACUGUUAUCGUUGUGGAAACCAGGCUGCUAUCAUGGAAUUAGAUGACACUUUAAAAUAUUCCUUCCUUCAGUUUGAUCCGGCACCUCGUCGUGGAGAGCCUCAUGUUACCCGGCGCACCCCAGACUACUUCCUGUAAAUUCCUCCUGGGGAAACCUGCCUUUCUUUGUGGAAGUAUACCUGGCUUUUUAAAGAUAUAUAUACAUAUAAAUAUAUAUAUAUUUAAAAGCAAGCAAAACAACAGUAAUCUCUGUGUUUCUGUAACAAAUUGGGAUCUGUCUUGGCAUUAAACCACAUCAUGGACCAAAAUGUGCCAUACUAAUGAUGAGCGUUUAGCACAAUUGGAGACUGAAGUUUAGUACACUACGUUCUAGAUUGGUCAGUCUGACAGUUUUCCUGCUGUAUUUGUGGUAACCAUUUUUCUCUGGACUAUUCACGCAAAAAAGGUAACUAAUUUGCUUCAUCUCCUUUUGAGCUUUUGGGGGAAGUUUAGUUAUAGUGUUUUACUGGCAUGGAUUAAUAGAGUUGGAGUUUUAUUUUUUAAAAGUCCACAAGCUAAUACCUAAUUAACCCAAUACCUUUUAUUUUAUUGAAAUGUGUAAUUAACUGAAGAAACAGUCUUCUUGGGAGUAUGUUGUCAUAACAUUUAAAGAAAUUUCCCUUCACUUAAGCUGUUUUAUGUUGAUCUGCAUAUUUCUGUAUAUUUGUCACAACAAUGCUUGCAUCCUGUUUGGUGUACUGAGCAAAUAAACUUUCCAUUUUAAACAAAA